AUGCCAAAAGGAUCCGGAUCAGCUUCAAAUGGUUCAUCACAUGAUUCAGAAGAACAUAAAAAAAGUUUAACAGCCUAUCAGAUGUAUUGUCAUCAAUGGAAAGAACUUCCGGAUGAAGAAAAAAAGAAAUACGAAGAUAUGGCCGUUGAACAAGGAUCAAACGGCAAGUCAUCAAAUGAAAACUCCGGAAGUUCUAAGUCCAUGUCAAAAACUGGCUCGUCGUCGAAAACAUCACUGAAGAAGAACUCAGAACCUGAUGAUCAAGAAGAAGAUACUGAUGGAAGUGAAGAAGAUUCAGAUUAUGAUGAUGAUGAUGAUGAUGAUGAAAAUGAAGAAUGA